CAUCAAACCUGUAAGUCAAUUUAAGGAGAACUGGCAUCUUUACUCUGCUGUUUCCCAAUCCAUGGACACAGUAUACCUCUCUGUUUAUUUGGUCUUUUUGAUUUCUUCUGUUAAUGUUGUAUCAUCAUUAGCAUUGAAGCACUACACUUGCUUUGCUAAGUUUAUAUCUGAGUAUUUAAUUUUCUUUGAAGUAACUAUAUAUGUUUCCUGCCUUUAAUUGUGUUUUUUCACAUGUGUUGGCACAGUUCAUAGAAAUACAGUUCAUUGUAGUGUGCUGAUCUUGUGUCCUGCAGCCUUGCUGAACGCACUGCUCACCCCAGACCCCUGAGGAUAUGGGAGGAGGAGUUGUCAGAGACUUGGAUAGGUGGAAAUAGCCACGUGGUCACCCUGUUUUAGGGUAACAGCUGAGACUUUACUAGGCCUGCAGCUGGUGAGGGGCAAAUCCUAUCUAGUCAUGUCCUCGACACUGAUACCUAUGCUGUCCCUCCCUAUCUGCCAGGAGUGGUAGGAAGACAUGGAAGUCCCCAGUCCCAAGCAGUACCAGGCCUUGGGGGAAGGCUGUGAGGGCCAGCUCCUCGAGGUUAGGGUUAGUGGAUGGAUGGGGUGGGGGCAAGUAAGGAAUGAGGAGAAGAGGACAGGGGAGAUGGAAGGGACAAAAGUUAGGUGAGGACAGUGGCAUUGAGCAGGAGGACCACAGGGCCCCUUCAGGGGUUUCAGAGAGUGGGCUGUCCUUUUGGAGGGCACUGGGGAGAGCCCCAUUUCUCCUUGGUUACUCAACAGUUCUUCACAAAAGAAACCCCAAAGUGUGUGACUCCAUCUAACGCACACACGACCCUGGUAAGAACACACAAGGGCUGGGACCACGCAACUGCUUGUUCAGAGAGGGAUGUGGGACAGGUGGUGAGUAAGAGAAGCAAUGAAUAGGCAGAAGGAAACUUGAAGGAAACAGGGACAGAGACAAUUUUAACUGAGUGUCACCUGCCUUUCCAGGCCGGUGCUUUGCAUGGCCUGUCACCCACAAGCUUCUAGAAAACCUGUGAAUCUACCUUGUCCCCUGUUAACUAGUCCACAAAUAAAUAUAUCAAGUAAAGAUAUAUAUAUGACAUUUAAAAAUCCCUAUAAUGUGGGGGGGCUUUCCAGCAACAAUUACUGAUCAGACAGAUAAUGGAGACCCCACCACCUGAGGACCUGGAGGAUGACCAGACCACCAUAAACCAUCUUGAGAUCCCCAGACUAAUGCCAACCCCACACCUCCUGUGCCCACCCCUCAUCAGACUUCUUUAUAAGAAGAGCCCAGACCAGGAACAGAGGCCUGUUCUCUCUGGAAUGUGUGCUCCUGCUUUCCUAACCCUAAUCCUGCUCCCUGAUAGACAGUGCUGUCAAUCUUAUCUGUCAUGCAUUUCAAGGACCCCACUUGUGCUGCCGGAAUUCCCCCUUCCCUGGGAAUUCUUCAGAUGAGAUCCCUCUUCCAGAGACAUCUCUUGUGACAGUGACACCUUCCAACCCUUAAGACAAAGAGCAGGAACAGCCUGCCCCCUACCACAGAGGCGAGCUUGAGGGACAGGAGGCCUCCUUGUCCACCUCAAUCUGGACAAGGAGACCCCACUCUACACGGGCCUGCCUGGCAGGGCCAGGAACCAGCCAGACACAGGCCCUCUGAGCCAGACUGGCCUCCCUCCUGCCUCCCACCCAUAGGCCUCGGUGGACACAAACAGAAACCUGCCCAGCUGCUGGGCCAGCUGACUCCCAGGGGAAGCAGCAGAAAACAUCCGGGUGGGAGGGCAGACUGCCUCCCCUAGGGGCUGGGCGGACGGGAUCUUGAGGCCAGGUCCUCCCCAGCUCCCACCCUUCCGGCUUCCCCUAGCGGGAGGUGUAAUGGCACUCCGGAUUCCAGGCUGUUUACAGACUGACACCAGUUUCCUCUUCCAGGCUGGCCUCUAGCCUCUCCCUGCCGCUUGUUUGGAUCUCAGUAGUUUGGGGACAAAGAGACUGCAGGUCCCCUUUCCUGCACCCACCCCCGCGAGCAUGUUCACGACGGGUCCUCACAAGCUGUGACCGGAUUGGCCACUACAAGAAGGGACUUAUUCCUGCCUCUGAGGCCCAGUUUCCAUCCCGGCUUCCGCACGAGACCCAAAGUGGGGACUGCAACUCCGCCCACUCGCCCCUCCCACACGACGCGACGCCCUAGCGGAUCCUUGGGGGCGGGGACUGACCCUAUUGCCCCGCCCAGUCCGGCGCCACCCGGCCCGCCUACGCGGGUGCCUUUAAGUCCUCUGGAGACCCUCGGCCGGCCGCGGCGAUGGCGGGGCCCGCGGGAGCAGUGCCGGAGGCUGCUGGGGGCGCACCGCGAAGCCCCCGCGCCUAUGCGCGCCGCUGGGUCUUCCUGCUGGUGGUCAGCUUGCUGAGCUGCUCCAACGCCACGCUCUGGCUCAGCUUCGCCCCAGUUGCAGACAUCAUUGCCCAGCACUUCCUUCUGUCCAUGGCACAGGUUGGCUGGCUCUCGCUGAUCUACCUGGUGGUGUCCAUCCCAUUUGGCAUUUUGGCCAUCUGGGUCCUAGACUCUGUGGGGCUCCGAGGGGCGACCAUCCUGGGUGCAUGGCUGAACUUUGCUGGGAGUAUGCUUCGCGCCCUUCCCUGUGUGGCUGCCUGGGUCCCCAACACAUUUGCCUUCUUCAUGGGUGGCCAGAGCCUCUGUGCCCUGGCCCAGAACUUGGUAAUCUUCUCUCCAGCCAAGCUGGCCGCCUUGUGGUUCCCAGAGCAUCAGCGAGCCACAGCCAACAUGAUUGCCACUAUGUCAAAUCCCCUGGGCAUCCUUGUGGCCAAUGUGCUGUCACCUGCCCUGGUCAAGAAGGGAGAGGACAUCCCUCUAAUGCUUGGAGUCUACACCAUCCCUGCAGGCCUGGCCUGCCUGCUGGCCACUGUCUGCCUCUGGGAGAGUGUACCCCCCACCCCACCCUCUGUGGGGGCCGCCAGCUCCACCUCAGAGAACUUCCUCCAGGGGCUCAAGCUGCUUCUGCAGAACAAGGCCUAUGUCAUCCUGGCUGUGUGCUUUGGGGGUGGCAUCGGGAUCUUCUCCAGCUUCUCAGCUCUCCUGGAGCAGAUCCUCUGUGCCAAUGGCUACUCCAACGGGUUCUCGGGCCUCUGCGGGGCUCUCUUCAUCGUGUUUGGGAUCCUGGGGGCACUGGUUCUUGGCCUGUAUGUGGAUCGGACCAAGCGCUUCACUGAGGCCACCAAGAUAGGUCUCUGCCUCGCCUCCAUGGCCUGUGUGGCCUUUGCCCUGGUGUCCCGACUGCAGGGGCAAGCCCUUGCAGUGGCUGCCACCUGCUCGCUGUUUGGGUUCUUCGGCUUCUCUGUGGCACCUGUGGCCAUGGAGCUGGCGGUGGAGUGUGCCUUUCCUGUGGGUGAGGGUGCAGCUGCAGGCCUGGUCUUUGUGCUGGGGCAGGCCCAGGGUGUGCUCAUCAUGGUGUUACUGACGGUGUUGACUGUGCGGCCCGAAGUUCCAUCCUCCUCCACCUGCCAGCAUGGUGAGGACCCGCUGGAUUGGACAGUGUCUCUGCUGCUGAUGGCCAGCUUGUGUACCCUCUUCACCUGUGUCUUGGUGCUCUUCUUCCACACCCCAUACCGGCGCCUGCAGGCUGAGUCUGCAGGACCCCCCUUGCCCUGGACAUGUGCCCCAGAGCUGAGGGCACCACCUGAGGCUCCUGGCUCAGCACCUCCAGCUCAGAGGCUGCAGGAACCUCCUGGCCCUGCCUCCUGCCUUCAGGAGCCCAAGGACUCGCUGAGACUGUGAGCAGGGAUGUCUCAUGAAGGGAGGUAGAGAGGCAAUCUCUGGUCACCGGGACUGUGACCACAGGCUCAGGGUUCUUGGCACACCCAGGCCAUGGCAGGAUUUGGCACUCUGGACCCUGUGCAGACUGUAUGGCUGAAGCAAGAAGAGCUGCUACUGUCUGGACACUGACCAGGGAAGACAGCCCAACACAGGGCAGUGUAGGUUGGUGAGGUGGCCUGGCACAACAGCAGGGGCUGAAGGGGAGCUGGGUAUGAGGGACCUGGAGUGGACAGGUGUGGGCACUUGCUAGAAGGAGCCAAUCCCUGAGCCUCUUCUUCUCUGCUCAGUACGGGGUGACCACACACUGAGGCUGGUGCUAAGACAGGUGGGCAGGGCUGCCAGCAGAGGGGCCCCAGGCCGAUGCAGAGACUCUUGGGCAGACACUGGCAGGCAGAAUGUGUGGGUCCACAUUUAUUGAACUGGACACAACCAGGGCUGAGUAGCCUCACUCCUCCUUCUCCUCCCCAUGGGUGAGCACGUAGCUUAGCGCCUUGUAAUCCAGGUUGCCUGCUGCGUCGAUGGAAGCAAACUCCAGCAUCUGGUCCACCUGAAUGAAGGCGAGUUGGUGGGUGGGGGGUCAGUCCUGGUGGAAUGGGUGGCGAGAGGUCCCCAGACCUCAGCCGCCUAGGUGCUCUGGAUUACAGGUGCUGAACUCCAGAGGCUCCUAGUGUUGCUUCUCUGCCAGGAAUGGGGAGGGAUCUGGGAGGGGCAAGCAGGGUGGGCACGGGGCCAGAAGGAGAAGCAGGUUACCGAGCUGGUCAGUGGUGCUUAGGGUGGCCACCUGGGCAAUGUGAAGAAUGGGGUGGAGUUCUGAAGUACAGGUGGGGGCUACCCUGUCCCCUUGGGCUAGGACAGUAAGUCUGUCCCCUCAGCUAGGUCAGACCACCAACUGGCCAGUGGCUUCCAGCCCUGACCUAGCCCAGGGCCACCCCACUCUCCCAGGAGCCCCUGCACCAGGGACUGUUCUUAGUCCUGCCCACCAUGCUCCUGCAGCCUGGGGGCUGCUGUCCCUCAGUGGCCCUCUGGGGCUGCAGGCCUACCUCAGUUGCAGUCAUCUUGUCAGCCUGGGACAUCAGCAGGCGCUUGAUGCUGAGAGCCAGGAGGAGCAGGGGAGUGGUUAGGCCCCCUGAGGAAGGGCUGGCAGCUCACACCAGGGCACCUCCAGCGCGGCUCAGAGUGUUGUGGGCUCAGUCCUUACCCCGCCUUCCCAGCACCUGGUGAUCACCCCAGCCCAUCCUGACCCCCGUUGGUCAUCCCCAGUCCUGAGGAGGUGUUUUAUGGGUCACAGUCAAGUGCUUGGGAGGGACACCAGGCUAUUCCCUCUCCCCAGCACCUGGAUGAGGUGGCCCUCCUGUAACAGGGUCUAAAGACAGUGACAGCUGGAGGGACCUGGUGGCCUAGUCAUGGAGACUGCCCCACUGGGUGGGACUGGACAUCCUGGGUCAUCCUGAAGGACUCCGCUCAGGCCACAGAAGGCCCCGAAGCUGGAGAGACCAGGAGAUGGGCUUGGGUGUGGGUGCUGCAGCCCCUUCUGCCAGCUGAGACCCUCCCUGCAGCUGCACUCACUACUCCUUGUGGAUGCUGCCUUUGCCGUCAGGAUCGAGCAUCUUGAAGGCAUUCAGGAUGGUCUCCUCAGUGUCUGUACCUGCAGCAAAGAGGCCACAGGGUCCCCUACUACCCCAGGGCUCUGAGUCCCUGCCCAGCAGCAUCACUGCCAGGAAGCCUUCCCACUCCUGAGCCCCAGGGAGCCUGCCCUGUUGUUCCCACCUGGGGGAACCAUUCUCAGAGGAGCCAGGGAUCUAGGAGUGAGGGACAGAGACCACUGGACAGCUGGGUAGAUGGGAGGUUUGGAACUCAAAUGGCUCUGGGUGGCUGACAGGAUCUCAGGGCAUGGGGAAAAUACAGGCUUCUAUGUGCAAUGGCUGGAUUUCUAAGCACUGGGAAUUAGCUAGGCACAUACACACAGCUGGCUGAUUGGCCUGAGGGCUGCCCAGGAGUGCUAUCCCUGAGAGGGACCAAAGAGCUUACUAGUCAGCUUCUCCCCAAACAGGUUCAGGAACAUGGUAAAGUUGAUGGGCCCUGAAGCCUCCCGGAGCAUGGCGUCCAGCUCAUCAUCCUUGACGUUGGUUUUGCCUGUUGCAAAACCAGAAGCAGGGUUUACCAGAGCAGGAACGUCACCCCCUGCCCCUCUGCCCUUGUUGACACUGGCUGCCCACUCCUGUUGUUCUCCAGGGUGACCCCAGAACAGUGCUGGGCUCUUGGGGAGAGUGCUCUCAGGCAGGUGUAUGGGGUACAGGCUGGGGCAGGUGAAUUCACCCCAAACCCUGAGCCUGGGACACAGCUGCUGAGGAGGAAAGCGGAGAUCAGAGGUGGUGAGAGGGGAGGCUGGGUUUGGGGACAGGGGAGGUGUCUUUUCUAUAUUUAGGCAUAAGGGGGGUUGAGAGGGGACUCUACCAUAAGAAGAAACCUGCCCACCUUCCCCAGCUCCUGGGGCAGGACCGGAAGCCUCAGGCCUGGCCUGAGGAAUUCCCCAUGGGGAAUUUUGGUGCAGAGGCUUUGUGCCCCUAGGUGGCCUUGGAGAGUGCUGGAAGAACUGGGUCCAGGGUGACAGCAUAGGCAGGCCCCACACCCUCUCCUAGCUCCCUAAGGCUGGGCUGAGGCAGGGUGGGCUAAGCCUGCAUAAGCUGUGGCUGUGGCAGCCCACUGGUGUUGUUCCCUCCUGGGAUCCCCUGCUCCAAGCCCAUCCCAAGUGGUCGUGUGUGGGCAGUGGGCCACUUGCUGGUCUGCCCUGGGCACCCUGUGCUGACCCUGAGCAAGCCAAGUGUGCAGGAUGUCACCAGCCUGUAGGGCUAGUGCCCUUGCUCCACUCGAGGAAGAGUGACGAUGUCCAGGUUGGAUGUCACGUGCUCGCCUUCUAGUGGCACUUACCCAGGGAGGCAUAGGUAUCCUUCAGGUCCUCCUUGUCAAUGAAGCCAUCUCGGUUCUGAUCCAUGAGUGUGAAUGCCUAGAACCCAGGCUGCUGGGAGCAUUGCUGGUAGCCCAGCUCUGCCUCCAUUCCUGUGCCUCUCCUGGCUCCUCACCCACACCAAGGCGAAAGGCAGCCACAGGCCUACAUGGGAUCUCCCCCACCCACUGGGUAAGGGGACUUGGGCAAAAGAGGACAGACCCACCUCCUUGAACUCCUGGAUCUGGGUCUGUUCAAAGUUGGAGAAGACAUUGGAGGAUGCCCUCUGGGCACGCAGGGCCCCGCCCUCCUUCUUCUUGGUCUUCCUGCUGGCCUGAGGCAGGAGCACCAAGACUUAGGGUCCUGGCCAGCUGGGGGAACCCCAGGACACCCCACGAUCCUGCUGAAGGUCCCUGGCCAGCUGGAACCCCAGGGCAUCCCAAGAUUCAGGAGGCUUAACACAGAGGAGAGGAUCAGGCAACAUGGUGGCCCCAAGCCCAGGUGUAUGGGGGAGGACAGGGACUCCUUAGGCCCUGGCACAGCACAGGGCUCAGACUACCUCACUGGGCUUGGCCUGGGGGCUCCAGAGCAAAUGGACUCCAGAGCAAAUGGACUCCUGUCCUGGGCACCAGGUCUCCGGUGGCCCAGACUCUCCCACAUGCUUCCCCGACUGUCACCAGGGUGGCUGUCCCUGGGUGGCCGAGGCACAUACUUCUCACACCCACACUGAGGUGCAUGUUCACAUGCUCUCACACACUCACAUGCACAUCACACUCGUGUGCACACACAAGCUCUCACAUCCCCUGCCCAGUUGUCUGCCUGCUCACCAUGCCUGGGUCCUCCCUGCCCAGGGCUCCAGUCCUGCCUGUCUUAAGCUUCUGCCUGGUCCCCCAGGACACUUCAGACUUCAGCUGCCACUCCCUACAAGGACAGGCUCAGGGCCACCCCAGGGGACUGGACAACUGCAGAGUGAGCCUGGGCAACCUGCCGGUGACUCAGACACCCCUCUGCCCCCAGGCACCAGGAGGCUUUGUUCUGCCUAGGAGGCUGUGUCUCCAGGCCACCUGCCAAGCUUUUGGCCAGGGUCUUGGUGUUGAGAGUCCUCUUAGGCACUGUGGGCCCUGCUGGGGCUGCAGGAACUGUAAGUGUCAAAGGAAAUUUGGCUUUUCCAGAUCUGUACAGAGGUACUACAAGGAGCCCAAACAUUGCUGAGCACUCAUUUUUAGUAUUUAUUUAUUUAUUGAUUGAUUUGUACUGGUGAUUGAACCCAGGGGUACUUUACCACUGAGCUAUAUCCCCAGCACUUUUUAUUUAGAGACAGGGUCUGCUAAGUUCCUGAGGCUGGCCUUGAAUUUAUGAUCUUCUACUUUAGCCUCCCAAGUUGCUGGGAUGACAGGUGUGUACCACCGGGCUCAGCCUGCUGAGCACUUUGAGUAUUAGAGCUCCCAAGCACCACCGUCCUCACCUCCCUGUCUCAUUGGUAUAUACCAGACAGUGGGGCCUAUGACCCUGGCCUGACCCUCUGACCUCAUGGUGGCAGCUCCUUAGUUUCUAUGGCAAGAGACUUGGAGAUGGCCAGGGAACCCAGAUGACCUGGUCUGGGUCACUCUUGGCUGCCAGGUCUCCCUCCUACUGCUUGACCCGAGUUCUGGGAAGGUACACAGCCUCAGUCACACAGCUCCCUUCCGGUGCUGCUACCUAAGACCCCCAGAGCCAAAGGGGUCUUCAGGUAGGACCCUGUGGAGGCAUCACCUUCUGGGAGGACCUGGGGGAGACUGCUAGAGGGAGCGUAUAAGACCAGGUAUAGGGGCUAAGGAUCCAGAGCCAGGGGCCCAUUUCCUGGGGCAAGGCUGGGUGUGGCCCUGCUAGGAGUCUUGACUUGGCUGCAGGAGGAGGAGCUCCAAAUGUGAGAAGGCUGCAGAUCUCCAGGGAGCAUCCUGGCCCAGUUGGGCUCUAGGACUGAGCCCUCCAGGACUGAGCUCAGCUCUAAAGAUAGUGACACAGACAGGGGUAUCAAGAUUCUGCACACAUCUGACCCUGACAGGUGCAGAGGCUUCCACUGGUAUUUCAAGACAAGAGAGACCCUCCUUCCCUCCCUUAGCCCCUCAAAGAGCCCUCCCUGAUCCAAGCCAGGUCUCCAGCAGUGCCCAUGGGUGGUCUUGCAUGCACCAAUGGGCAUGUAUGUGUUGUGCACUGACCCCCAAAGCUGCUGGUAUGUCCUGUCCCCUGUCGUCGCCUGGGCCCUAGAGACACUUAUUUUCAAUUUUGGAAGCUUCAGCUGCUGAGGAGUGCAGUUUAUUUUAAAAUCUGGUAAAGAGAAAGCCCACUCGGUCACUUGAGGUCAUUUGGCCAGUGGCUCAAGGGCAGGAAGGGGUGGGGGGCUCUGCAGGCUGAUGUCUGUGUGAGUGGAGAGCUCUGUUUUGUGCACUUGUGGAUUCCCCAAAAGCCAGAGGGCUGAGGAGGGCCAGGGUCUACAUCCACCCCGCAAGACUGGGCUCUAGCAGGAGUCCUCAGGGGCUCCAGGCUGGCCUCAUCCAGGGCAAGAGAAGAGCAGUUGGCCCUGCAGGAUUGGCCAAGGUGUUCCCAUCUCCAGCCCUGACUUCCCAGCUGGGGAGGCUGAGGGCUGGGACUCCAGAGCAAGCUGAAGAACGGGACAAGCUCAGCCAGGGCUCUUAGAGGGCCAAGGCAGUUGGGCUCUAGGUCCCCCUCCAGGACUGCUGAGCACCCAUGAGCCUUGAAAUUUUCGUUGCAUUUAUUCACUUUAGAUUCAGUUAUGUUGUCUUUAGAAACAGGAAUUCGAGGAAAAGUAAGGAAGGGUGGACUUCCGCAAUUCCCAGGGAGGGUGGGUAUGGACUUGGAUGGGACCCAACCCUUGGCCCUCAAGACUACCUGCCCAGUAAGGCAGGGUGGAGGAAGCACAGGUAGCUUCCAGGAGGCAUGAGGUAACUGCUGGGGUGAGGACAGCUGAUGGGGUGGUAGACCACCAGGCUACGGAUGGCCCCAUUUUGGGCAACCCCAGCCAGGACUGGCUCAGGUGUGGGGAACAAGUAGCCAUUCUGAGGUACAGAAGCAAGCAGAGAGACUGGAGAGGUGGCCUCAGGAGAGGUGCACCUAGGAGCUCACAGCUGCGAGUUCUGAAGGCUGGGUUGGGGACCUGGGGGGGGGCUUGCUCUGGGUAGCCUUCUCAUGAAAGUCCCAGUCCCUCCUGUUAUGGGAGUAAGGAGGGCAGGAGAGCUCAGGGUGAACAGCCUGGAGAUCACUGACGAGCUGCAGCCAUCGCCGCCCCGGAUCCCGCACGCCCGCGCUCUAGUCCUCCGACCCCUCGGGCACGCGCUCUAUACUGCUGGUUCGUGCCUGACCGCGCUUUUCAGGGCGCGCACGCGCACGCGGAGCGUGGGCUUCGGUUAGUUCUCCUCCAGGUCCAAACCCGGGCAGGCGGGGCGCGGACGCUCGGCCCGUACCCCCAGGGCCGGGUCGCUUGGUUCUCUCGCUCCCAGGGAAGGGACACAGUACGUGUGCCGUACCCUUCCCUCCUGGUCGCGCGCAACCUUUCCUUGUGCACGAGCGCGUCCCGUAACGUCACCCGCCGGGGAGGGCGCUCCGCUUCUUCCUACCGGCAGGGGGCGCCGCUCACGCUCCGGCGCAAGCGCCUGGCUGGCGCCCCACGGUCUUCCGGGCCCUCGCGGCAUUCACCUCCGUCUCGGCAGCGCUUCCGGUGCGAAGGUCAGGGACAAGAUGGUGCCGCCGGUCCAGGUCUCUCCGCUCAUCAAGGUUACCUAAAACCCCGGGCAGAAGAGGAGAGGAGGGUAGCCGCGGAGGAGAAGAAGAGGCAGGAUGAGCUGAAGCGGAUCGAGAGAGAACGGGCCGAAGCCCAAGAUGACAGCAUACUGAAGUGAAGCUCCCCAGCCUGCCUCUCCCCAGCCCAGCAGAUGAAUAAAGCUUCCUCCUGCGUGA